AUGAUGCAGACUGCUAUAGAAUCCUGCAUAAAGAAAAAUUCAUUCAUUCAACAAAUAUGGACUGAAAAAGAAGAGUUGGAGCAACAAAUUGAAAUACUGAAAAAGCAGCUUGAGCAAGAGAAAAAAGAAGGUGCAAAAUUACAAGGGGAACUGCAUGCACUCAAAUCAAAUAGGAGACAGCUACAGGAACAACAUGAACUACUUGAAGGGGAAAAGUUGUCCUGCAUUGAGAGCAUGAAAGAAAAAGACACUGUUAUUGCCUCUUUGCAACAAGUGAUGGGAAAAAAAAUCAAACAAGGUGAACAAGGAGAAAUUCCGAUGAAAGAACAAGCUGAUAAGGAGAAAAAAGAUGAGAGAAUAGCAGAAGAAAGUGAAUUGGAGAUGCAAGAAUCUCCUAAUGAUGAAGAUGAGAACGCCGAUGGAAAAACUCCUGAAAAGUUAGUUAUCAUGCAAGCAAAAGAAGUAGGAACACGGCCGUUGCGUUCUGGCAUCAAAAUAAUCAAAGACAGAAAAGACAGAAAGCCUGCAAAGAAACCAGAUUACACAUACCCCGAAGCACAUAAGAAAGGCCGAAAAAGAGCAAGCCAAAGCGAAGAUGAAGCAGCCAACAAAAAAAGGAGGACAAAGAUACAUACCUUCAGUUGCACAUGUAUGAGGGACGCUUUUUACCUACAAAAUAGGACAAUAUUGUACAAACAUAACAUUGAAAAGCUGAUGGGAGAUGGUCCAAUUUCUGCACUAAUCAUCGAUGCUUAUGGAGAGGCACUUAAUGAUGAUGCGAAGCAGAACCCUCAGAAACAGAAAAAUGCAUAUUUGUCCGCCAAUAACUAUAUGUUUUUGCGAGGUGCCUCACACAAGCUGACAUAUCAUGCUUUCUAUAUGCCACUCCUAGAAAAUAUUGGAAGAGUUGAUAGAGUGUUCAUACCAAUUACAGAUGAGAACCACCAUACGCUGCUUGUCUUUGACACCGGUGCAGCAAAAUGGACACACUUCAACUCAUUCAGGGGGACAUCAGAACAAACUCUCCAAUAUUAUCACAAGAAGGCAAUUGUUUUGGUUGAGACAGCAAAUAUAUUCCUCUGUCUUCUUAAGGAAUGUGCUGCAGUAUCACUGAAAACAAAACUCGUCCAAAUUCCUGAUUUUGAUGCCAAGAAGCCGAGAGGGCUUAAUGAAGCUUCAGCUAGAAUGAUAACAAAAUACUUGCCAGCAACGAACUUACACCAGAAUAUGCUCAGACAAUGA